UGACUACUUGCAAAAAAAGAAAAAAGAAAAAAAAGAAGAAAAGUGUAUAAAAAAAAAUUGAAACAAGAAUGGAGAAUAUUGUUAUUGAGUUUGCUAAACAAAUCGUUGAUUACACGAUUAGACCUAUUGGACGGUGGCUAUGUUACUCGUUUCACUAUAGCAGCAACAUUGGGAGUAUGAAGAACCAGAUAGAGAAGUUGAGGAAUGCUAGAGAUCGCGUGCAACAUUCCGUUGAUGCUGCUAUAAGAAACGGUGACGAAAUUGAAGGUGAUGUUAACAAUUGGUUGGAAGAGGUGGAUAAGAAAAUAGAAAAGGGCAUGAAAGUUCUUGAAAGUGCUGAAGAAGCAGGGAUGAAGUAUUCUAGUGGGGCAUGCCUGAACUUAAAGGUGCGGCAUCAGUUAAGCCAUAAAGCAGCGAAGAUAGUGAAAGAUAUUGGUGAAGUCUUGAAAAAUGGGAGUUUUGACAGAGUUUCUUACCGUCUUGCUCCACAGGGGAUAGAGUCUACGAGCUGUAUGGAUUACAUGUCCCCUGAAUCAAGAAUGUCAACUGUGAAGAGACUUAUGGAAGCAUUGAGAGAUGAUAAUAUCCAUGUGAUCGGGGUGUGGGGGAUGGCCGGUGUGGGAAAGUCUACGUUGGUGAGAGAAGUUGCCAAGCAAGCAAAGGAGGAAAAGUUAUUUGAUGAGGUGGCUAUUGCAAAUGUGACCCAGAACCCAGACCUGAAAGAAAUCCAAAGAGAAAUGGCGGACAUGAUAGAUCUGAAGUUUGAUGUGGAGAGUUCUGUAACCGGAAGAGCAAUUCGUCUACGGGAGAGGUUAAAAAAAAAAAAAGACAAGAAGAUGAUACUUGUUAUCCUUGAUGACAUAUGGAAGAAUCUUGAUUUGGAGGCUCUAGGAAUUCCUUCUGAGGGAUGCAAAGUAUUGCUGACAUCCAGAAAUCGAGAUGUAUUAGUUUCUGGAAUGGGCACCCAAGAGGAUUUUGGACUUGAAGUUUUAGCUGAAGAAGAGGCAUGGAGUUUAUUUGAGAAGAUGGCUGGCGAUUGUGUUAAUAAAAACCCCAAUAUGCGAAGCACAGCAACUGAGGUAGCUAAAGCGUGUUCAGGUCUGCCUCUUGCACUUGUCACGGUUUCUAAGGCAUUAAAAAAUAAAGAGUUAUUUGAAUGGAAGGAUGCAUUGUUGCUACUAAGAAGACCUGCUCUGGAACACCUUAGCGAAAUGCAGUCAACUAUAUAUUAUUCUAUAGAGCUGAGUUAUAAACAUCUUAAAGAAACUAAUAAGGAGGCCCUAGACGUCUUUUUGCUUUGUGCUCAAAUGGGUUACUACAGUCUCAAGAUGGACUUGUUGAAAUAUUGUUGUGGUUUGGGUUUAUUUCAUGGUAUUAAUACAAUGGAAGAUGCAAGAAACAGACUAUAUGCAAGACUUCGUAUUUUAAAAGAUUGUUGUCUAUUGCUACCUGAUGAUUGCUUUGAAAGUUUACGUAUGCAUGACGUUGUUUGUGAUGCUGCUAAAUUAAUAGCGUCAAGGGAUCAUAAUAUGUUUAAGGUGAGAGCUGAUGGUGGGCUAAAAGAAUGGCCAGAUGUGGAUGCACUCAAAAGAUGCAAGGCAUUCUUUGUUCGCGGUGGAGAUAUCCAUGAACUUCCUAACGAAAUGGAAUGUCCAGAAUUGAGAUUCUUGUAUUUGUGGGGUGAAGGUCAUCCUUUGCAAAUCUCAGACACUUUCUUUGAAGGGACGGGAAAGCUCAAAGUUUUAGAUUUGACUAAAAUGCAACUUUCAUCGCUUCCUUCAGCACUUGGUCUCCUUAGAAACCUGCAAACAUUGUGCCUGGAACGAUGUGUGUUGGGAGACAUAGCUGUAAUUGGAGAGCUCAAGAAUUUAGCAAUUCUUAGCCUUCUUUGGUCCGACAUUUCACAGUUGCCAAGAGAAAUAGGAUUGUUGACUCGUUUGAAAUUGUUGGAUUUGAGCCAUUGUUCCAAGCUUGAAGUGAUUCCACCAAAUGUCCUAUCAAGCUUGGUCGCAUUAGAAGAGUUGUAUAUGGAAAACAGUUUUGUUCAAUGGGAGGCUGAAGGACUCAAUAAUGCUAGCCUUGCUGAGCUAAAAAAUUUGUUCCAUUUGACAACUUUAGAGAUGCAUAUUCGAGAUGCCAGCAAUCUGCCAAAAGAUCUGUUGUUUGAGAAGUUAGAAAGAUAUGUAAUAUUGGUAGGAGAUGUAUGGGAUUGGACUGAUGAUAACCGAGGAGAAGCCUCAAGAAUAUUAAAACUCAAGCUAGAUACAAGCUUCCAAUCUGAGGUUGGGAUUCAAUUAAUGUUGUCGAUGAAGAGAACAGAAAAUCUUUACUUAGAUGGGUCAAAGGGUAUUCAGAGUGUUCUAAACGUAUUCAAUAGAAAAGGUUUUCAACAACUGAAGCAUCUCCAUAUCCAAAAUAAUAUUGAGAUUAAGCAUAUAAUUAACUCGAGCCCGUUAGCGGAUAUUGCCUUUCCUGCCUUGGAGACAAUUCUUCUCGAAAAUAUGACAGGCUUGGAAGAAAUAUGUCAUGCUGAGCUUCCUGGCUUGAGAUCCUUUGGUAACUUGAGAGUUGUAAGAGUGAAAUGUUGUGAUAAAUUAAAAUUUGUCUUCUCAUCAUCCAUAGCUAGGGGCCUUUCCCAGCUUGAAGAAUUGGAGAUAGAAGAAUGCAGCAUCAUGGGUGCAAUAGUCAUGAAAGAAGGCGGCGAAAUAGAAGACACAGAUCUGAUCUUGUUCCCUAAACUACGUCUCUUGGCACUGCGGCGUCUUCCAAAGCUCAUCAGCUUCUUAAGCACACAAAAUUCAUUCACAACCGAUGCUGGAGAAAUCAUUUCGAAGGGCAAGCUUGAUUGUUACACGUCAAUUCUACACGGACAGGUUUUGUUCCCCAAGUUGGAAACGUUGGAAUUGUCGUCAAUAGACUUGGAAGACGUACAACGCAAUCCACAUCGGGCAACAAGCUCCUCUUGCAUAUUAGAGAACAUGCAAUCAACGUCAAGGUUUCAAAAUUUGUCACGAUUGAAAGUGCAGGGCUCUAGUAAUCUAAAACAUCUAUUGUCAUUCUCUGCAGCCAGAUUUAUGCGGCAGCUCAAAUACCUUUUCAUAUACGAAUGCAUGGUUAUGGAAGAGAUUAUAGUCACAGAAGAAUCGGGAGUAGUAGAAGAAAGAAUUGUUCCAAAGAUGGUGUUGUUUAGUCGACUAGAAUACCUGUACCUAAGAAAACUUCAAGCGCUUAAAAGAUUCUGCAUAGGAAGUAAUAUCGAAUUUCCGUCCUUAAAGCAACUGCGUAUUAAUGGUUGUCCUAAAUUAAAGACAUUCCUAUUCAAACCUAUUAGUUCAGGCAUGACCGUAGGCAAAGAACUGGUGGAAAUGAAUGCAAAAGACAACCCUCAUACCGUUGUGCAACCUUUCUUCAAUGAAGAGGUUGCCUUCCCUAGUUUGGAAAAGUUGGAAAUUUCUCAUAUGGAUGACUUGGAAAUCAUAUGGCAUAACCAAUUUGCCGUAGAUUCCUUCUGCAAGCUUCAGACUCUAAAUGUUGCAUCUUGUGAAAAUCUUACGAAUGUCUUUCAAUCUAAUAUGCUGGCAAGAUUUCAGAGUCUAGUUGAACUAACCAUAAAAAAUUGUAGCUCACUGGAAGAAGUAUUUGAACUGCAAGGGCCAAAUGUUGAAGGAACACAUGCGGUAACAGUCAUUCAGUUGGAAAAAUUGGCUUUGGCUCGUCUACCCAAAAUGAAGCAUGUAUGGAAUAAAGACUCCCAAGAAAGUUUCAGCUUUCAAAAUCUAAGAAAUGUGAGUGCUUUUGAUUGUGAGAGUUUGAAAAGUUUAUUUCCAGCCUCAGUGGCGAGAUGUCUCAUGCGAUUGGAGAAGCUUAGUAUAUAUAAUUGUGGGGUGGAGGAAAUUGUUGCAGGAGAAGAAGGAGAAGGAGCAAAAGCAAUAACUAAGUUUGUGUUCCCUCAAGUAAAUGGUAUACUUCUCAUUGGCGUAUCAAGACUCAAGUGUUUUUACCCUGGAAGGCAUUCUUCAGAAUGGCCAAUGCUGAAAGAAAUGGGCGUGAAUGGCCAUGGAUGCCAAGUUGACAUAUUUGCUUCUGAACUUUUGAGCGAAGCACUUCAGGAGAGCCAACUUGAUAUCUCCGCUAAACAAUCUCUUUUCUUGGUUGAUGAGGCUACGUUCCCCAAUUUGGCGACUUUGAGAUUGGCGCAUUGUGGCACAAUAUGGCGUGGCCAGGCGGAAGAAGUAUUCCCCUAUGAAGAAGCUCUUGGUCAAGAAGAACAUGCUAGGAUACUCCCAAAAUUAAGAGAACUAAAUCUAAUUAGACUACCAAUGCUGACACAUUUGUGGAAAGAAGACACCCAACCAUGCCAAGUUCUUCAUAAUCUUGAAAAACUGAAGGUGACGGACUGUGGCAAAUUGAAAAUUUUAGUGCCAUCCUCAGUAUCUUUCCAAAAUUUGUCAGAACUGGAAAUUUCGGAGUGUCAUGGAUUGAUUAAUUUAGUUACAUCCCCAACAGCCAAAACUCUGGUGCAGCUCAAAAAAAUGAGCCUAAGCGAAUGCGAAAGUAUAACGGAAAUUGUAACAAGGGAGGGAGGUGAAGCGAAUGAUCAGGUGAUCAUUACUUUCAGCAAAUUGACUUACUUAAAACUUGAUUGCUUGCCAAGGCUCAUAAACUUUUGCUCGGGAAGUUAUUACUUGGAGUUCCCAUCUUUGGAAGAAGUAACUGUGAGACAAUGCCAAGAGAUGAAGAUUUUCUCUUAUGGAGACUUGAGCACGCCAAAUCUACGAAGAGUACAAGCAACAAAGAAAGAUGAAUGGCAUUGGAAGGAUGACCUGAAUUCCACCAUACAUUGGCUUUGGAAGGGCAAACUGUGAUAUCACCAUGCUAUAUUUGGUUGUUCAGAGAAAGGCAAGGUUCAGAAUUCUGAAGAGGAGGAAGAUCAUCGACAAUGGGAAGUCACGUAAAGGUUCAAAAUUCUAAAGAAGAUGAAGAUCAUUCUCAAUAUGCAGCACCUGGAAUGUGUCUUUCCUAUGUUUAGUUUGUGGCAUUAAGGAUCAUGUGCUCUUUCUUUGAAGUCGGCACCAAGGAUCAUGUGUUCUUUCUUUGAAGUCGGUCAGAGGAACAUUCAAAUAGGGCUAAUUUUUUGUUACUUGUUUUGAUCUUGCUUCUUUAUUUUCUUCUUUGCAAUGUUCAAAAUGUAGUACAAUAUGUCGUAUUUACAUGAUGCAUUCCUUCCUGUAAGUGUUAAAUGCUACUUCUAAUUGGUGCCGAAAAGACAAUAUAACUAUCUACAUGAAUUUUUGCAUACAUUUAAUUUGUUUAUCAAGAAGUGUUGAAG